AAUUUUCUCUCAACCUCAUCAUCAGUACGAAAACCACAAAGAUUGGAAGUCGUCGGCUAUCGGUUGGCCGACUUCCCUGACCCGGUCACCGCCUUCCUUCCUCCUUAUUUCCUUCAACUCUCUUCCUUCGAUCUUAAUAUAGCCAAGAGCCAGGAACAGAGCUUCCCACUCCAUGGUUUAUACAGAUUUGUGAUUUGCAUCCAUCGAAUCCAACAGCCACACCUCUAUUCCCUUCUUCCAUCUCGAUUAUCGUCUCUCGCAAGAUCUUCUUUGAAGUAAGAAAUUAAUUUCAGCAAUCGCACGAGAAGGAAUGGCGUUUGCUGUUUCAGACGAGCUUCUGGGCACCUUCGUGCCCAUCGCCGUCUACUGGCUCUACUCAGGCAUGUACGUGCUGUUCGAUGGGUACGAUGAGUACCGGCUGCACUCGAAGAGCGAAGAAAAAUCGAAGAACGGCGUCUCCAAAGGCGCUGUGGUCAGAGGCGUUCUUCUUCAGCAGGCCGUUCAAUGCGUCGUCUGCAUUCUCCUCUUCGCCUUCGUCGGCGGGGACGACGUCAGCGGCGCGAAACCUCAGCAGCCCGGUCCUCUGGUAGUCCUCGCGCAGUUCGCCGGCGCAAUGCUGGUGAUGGACACCUGGCAGUAUUUCAUGCACCGGUACAUGCACACCAACAAGUUCCUGUACAAGCACCUCCACUCGAAGCACCACUCGCUGGUCGUCCCUUACGCCUACGGCGCGCUGUACAACCACCCACUGGAGGGCCUGAUCAUGGACACCGUCGGCGGCGCCGUGUCGUUUCUGGUCACCGGAAUGACCCCGCGAACCAGCAUCUACUUCUUCUCCUUCGCCACCGUGAAGACGGUGGACGACCACUGCGGCCUCUGUAUCCCGGGGAACCUGUUCCACGCCUUCUUCAGCAACAACAGCGCGUACCAUGACAUCCACCACCAGCUGUACGGCAGCAAGUACAACUUCUCGCAGCCUUUCUUUGUGAUGUGGGAUAAGAUCAUGGGGACUUACAUGCCCUACUCGCUCGAGACGAGGAAGGAAGGAGGACUGGAAGCGCGACCCACCGGCGUCAAGAAGGAUUGAAAACCCUGCUCGUAAUCUAUCUAGCUAGUCUUUUGCCCCUUAAUUGUUACUCCUGCCUGAUAGCAUGUACCAUUUGCAGACAGUACACAUAAAUGAGAUUACAUCAA